CCCGGCCCGGCAGGAGGCGCUGUGGUGUGCCGCCCAGGCGGCGCUCUCGCCGCGGCCGUCUCGUUGGCGCCGGUGAGGUAGUCGUUGUGGUGGUGGUGUGCCGCCAUGAACCGUAACCCCUCGCCACCUUCCAGCGAGGUGGAAGAGGAGGAGGACGCGGUGGGAAACACGGUGUACAGUAAACACUGGCUGUUCAGCAUCCUCACCCGCCUCAUCGAGGUGCGGGCCCGGCGGGGUGGGGGCGCAGGGAGGGAAGAGAGCGGCGGGCCCGGUAGCGGUGAGCGUUUCGCGGGUGUGGUCAUUAGCCCUGAGAAGACGGAGCCCAUCGUAAGUCCCGAGGGAAUCCAAACGGAGCUGGACGAGGAGCUGGAGAAUGACAUUUGUAAAGUGUGGGACAUGUCGAUGGAUGAGGAUGUCGCUUUAUUUCUUCAGGAGUUCAGUGCCCCAGAUAUAUUCAUGGGAAUUUUUGCCAAGUCAAAAUGCCCUCGCCUUACUGAAAUCUGUGUGGGAAUAUUAGGAAAUAUGGCCUGUUUCCAAGACAUAUGCAUGUCCAUUAGUAAAGAUGAGAAUCUUGGCCAGGUGUUACUGCAACGUUUGUGUGAUACAGACUCCCCAACUCUUCUGGAAACAAGCAGGUUGUUGUUAACUUGCCUCUCCCAGCCUGAGGUGGCCAAUAUCUGGGUUGAGAGAAUCCGAGAGAACCCUUCUGUGUAUGACUGUGUGUGCUUUAUCAUGUCCAGCUCUACAAAUGUUGAAUUGUUGGUAAAAGUAGGAGAAGUGGUGGACAAACUCUUUGAUCUAGAUGAAGAGCUAAUGUUGAACUGGAUUAAAAAUGGCACUUGUCCAUCGGUGGGACCAUCUGUAGAUGAUUCCCCUGAAGAACUUCCAGAUUUUAAGAUUGUGCCUUGUAUACUUGAAGCAGCCAAACAAGUCCGAUCAGAUAAUCCGGAAGGACUUGAUGUUUAUAUGCAUAUUUUGCAGCUCCUGACCACAGUGGAUGAGGGUAUUCAGGCAAUUGUGCAGGUUCCUGAUAGAGGAAAAGAGACUUGGAGUUUGCUGUAUGACCUCAUUUGCCAUGACCUUUGCCAGCCAGAUGAUCCAGCGAUCGUUGUGCAGGAGCAGAAGACUGUAUUGGCCUCUAUUUUGUCUGUACUUUCUGCUAUGUUUGCUUCACAGACAGAACAAGAAUACACCAAGAUGAGAAAAAAUAUGCCUCUGAUUGGCAGCUUGAUUCGUAUCUUACAAUACAUGGAGGGCUGUGGGAAGAGAGCUGGUGAUGACUCAAAGGAGUCUGAACAGGAAGAGACUGGAAGAGCUGAUGUAAAUGACAAAGAUUUCCAUUUAAAAAUUUUGAAGGACAUUUGCUGUGAAUUACUUUCCAAUAUGCUUCAAGAAUUGACCAAGGAGAAUACAUUAGAAGGGCUACACCAGGGACAUUUAAAUGAGCAGACAUGUUCCUGUGCAUUUCAGAACCUCUUACCUCUGUACUUUGCAUCAGUGGAGAGUUUCCUUGGAGUUCUGCGUGAGGCUGAUCAGACACUUGCUGAUAAUCUAGAAAAACGUUUCCCAAGCCUGAAGGUUCACUCCUAAGAAUGUAUAUGAAAUGUUUUCCUUCUUUGAAGAUUUUUAACUGUUUUAUUACAGUGUUUUAGAAAUCAAGUUUUCAGUAAAUGCAGAAGAAUGAGGCAACCUCCUUUGCAACAGGUGGCUUUUAAGAAGUCUUCCAGGUAGCCCUGAUUAACCUAGGGUUGAUCUGUCCUUUAUGGGGAAGGAAACAACUGUAAAUUCAAUUCUGUAUCUUCAUCCUGUUUGCUCUGGUGGUGAGAGACUGUUGAUUUCUGAUUGCUCUUCUGUAGCAUAAGUUUGUUUUGUUGUUUUUUUUUUUUUUAAUAACUCUUGAUUCUAUGCUUUUCAACUUAAGUUGAAACAGCAACCUGAAUGAACUGAACCAAGUAGUUAUUUAUAAUGUGAUGCUGGUUUCUUCUAAGUUGCUGUUGGCAAAAGGGUUGAUAGGAAAUCCUGGAUGUCCUCUGCUUAAGGCUCUUCAAGCACCUGAUAAAAACAGAGUUAAAUUACACAGAAUUAUUUGCAUUUUCCUAUUUUUUUUUAAUUUUUCUUUAGUCUUACAGAUCAUAUCAGCACCUUGAGCAGGUAUUCUAUUAGAAAUGUUUCAUCCCGGUCCUUUAAAAUCUUCAUACUUCUUACACUAAAACCUCUUCUGUACUGCAGCUCUGGGUUGUGGCAUUUAGGUCCUGUGCAGUUUAAAGGACUUGAGAAUAUGGUUACCAAUGGUCUAUGCUGCAGCUUCCAACCAUUGCAGCCAGUUAUCUAGAGUUAGACUUGUAGGUCAGGUUUGGUUUUAACCUGUGGCAUACUUGCAAGCUUCCUGCUUUUUUAAAGCAGUCUGCACUUCAAUUUCAGGGGAGAUAAAGGUGUUAGGUCCCUUGUAGUAAAGCCUGUCUAUAUUCUUCUAAAAGUCUCACUUUUAAUUAUAUUCUAUUUAACUGGGUUGCGUUUUUAGAUCACAUGCCUGCAUGCAGUGCAACUAACAUUUUCUGUGUCUGAAAAGACAGUACAGUAACACAUCAGCUUCACUGAUUCUGUAAAUGAGAAUGGAAAACAGUUGGUCUUUAUAAGGCUUGAGAUGUAAAAGAAAAUGGGAACCAGAGCAUAGAGAAUAACUUAUUACCAUAUACAUAUUCUCUGGCUCUCCAGGUUUUUAUAGAAUUCAGGUGCUGGGCCAUGUUUUGUUUGCCCUGAGUUACCUGUACAUAUGGUAGAAUACAAUAUGUGUAUAUGUAUAUAGCCUUUUCAUCCAAACUUCCAGUUUUCAAAAACUGCUAUUUAAUCAUUCCUUUGGGCUGCCAGCAGCAUCUUAGUUGUCAGCAGGGGAUUUAGAAUUACAAAUAUUUGGCUUGUGUCACCAAAUGGAAUUGCCAUGGUUUCUAUCCAUUUUUUAUAUGUUAUGUUUAUUGAAGAAAACUGGUAACUGUGAAUAGGAUGACAGCAUUUUUCAUACUACUUUGACAGUUUUGGGAUAUUUUCUUAAAACCUACAAAUUUGUAAUAAAGUUUCUUUUUAAAAAACA